AUGAUCAGGUCCCGCGGUCUCCAGCUCGCUCGCCGCUCGCUCGCUUGCUUUCUUGCGCCUUCAUAUAUAUAUGAUUCGUUGUCGAGGGAGGGCUGCAGGAGCUUCAGCACUGCGAUUUGCAAUCAAUAUCGGGUUGUUUCUAAUCCCAAUUUAGGAAAUGUGGGGAACGAGAGGGCUUGGUUAAAGUUUGGUUCAUUCGUUGGAAAAAUUGGUGUUGCACGAUCAAUUCAUGGCACCGCUCAACUAUCAAAAGAUUACUACGAAGUACUUGGUGUCAGUAAAGGUGCAAACUCUUCUGAGAUCAAGAGAGCUUAUUAUGGGCUAGCGAAGAAGUUGCAUCCAGAUACAAAUAAAGAUGACCCAGAAGCUGAUAAGAAAUUCCAAGAAGUCCAGAAAGCGUAUGAGGUCUUGAAAGAUGAUGAAAAGCGCCAACAAUAUGAUCAGCAGCUUGGCCACGAGGCUUUUGAGAGCGUGAGUAGUGGUGAAGGUCCUGGAUAUGAUCCAUUUUCAAGUGGGUACAACCCUUUUGAGGACAUAUUCAAAAAUACUGGUGUAAGUCCUCGUGAGGUUAUCAUGUAUAACUAUUUUGUGCAGGUUUCACUUGAACUUUCCUUUAUGGAAGCUGUCCAGGGUUGCGCCAAAACACUGUCCUUCAUGACCGAUUUGGCUUGCGAUGCUUGUGGUGGAUCUGGGGUUCCUCCUGGGACCCGGCCUGAAACUUGUAUACGUUGUAAAGGCUCUGGCGUGUUUACAUCUCAAAAUGGACCAUUCAGAGUUGAAACUACCUGUCCAAAUUGCGGAGGAGCUGGAAAAAUUGUAAAGAGCUCCUGCAAGUCUUGCAGGGGAAAGGGGGUAAUCAAAGGGUCCAAGACAGUGAACUUCAAUGUCAUGGCAGGUGUGAACAAUGGUGAUACUAUCAAGAUUCCGCGCAGUGGCGGAGCAGAUCCUGAUGGAAAUCAGCCCGGUGAUCUUUUUGUGUCAAUCAAGGUCAGAGAAGAUCCAGUGUUCCGUAGGGAAGGGGCCCAUAUCCAUGUCGAUGCCAUAUUAAGCAUUAGUCAGGCAAUUUUGGGAGGCACAAUACAUGUUCCUACACUGACUGGAGAAGUUGUCGUUAAGGUCCGCCCGGGCACUCAACCUGGUCAGAAGGUUGUCUUGAAGAAAAAAGGCAUCAAGACCCGAAACUCUUUUUCGCUUGGAGACCAAUACGUUCACUUCAACGUCAGCAUACCAACAAAUUUAACCCAAAGGCAGCGCCAGUUGAUAGAGGAGUUUUCUAAAGAAGAACAAGGAGAAGAUGAAAAAGCUGCGGCUGCAAGUGCAACGGGUUGA